CGAGAAGGCCCACUGCUUAUCCAGUCUAGCGAUAGAUGGUGUGCGAAGAGCUGUCUAUGCUUUCCAUUUCCACCCACAAAAACUAACAUCGAUGUGACUGGCAUACCUAUACCUAGGUACACCUUACCCGUCGGUUCGUCAAGCCUGACUUCAGUUGCAACACUUCAAUCCAGAACUUCAGUCUCUGCAGCCUUACGAGGGCAUUCGCCAAGUGUUCUGCCUUUGUCUAUCAAGUUUGGUCUUGUCUACAGAUGUUCAAACAUGAUGUUGUACACGCCCCUACUGCAUCUACUUGCCUGGAAGUUCUGGGUGCAAUAGUAGAAUGUCUUCAACAGCUGGGGGAGCUUGUACAAAACGAGGUGCCUCAGAGAAGCCUGUCUCCACCCACUUCCAGCUUUCGGGCUUCACUUUCGAAGACUCUGGACAGGCUCGCAUGGCCGGUUACCAAAUGCGACAAGGCCAACGACUUGCUGCAGAAACUGGAAGGCCAUAAGGCUACGGUCGACUGGCAAUACAGACUAGCACUGCGUAACCAUCCUUUGCGUUUACACAAGCCCUGGCUAACCCUGUCCAGCGUUGCUAUUGAUGAUCUCCGACAAGGCAUUCAGCAACAGGCCGAAGCUCAGGUUUCUGACCGCGAAAGGCAAGCCAUUCUGGCAUGGCUGGAACCCAAGGGUAUCAAUACCAUGAAUAAUGACAUUCAUGAAGACAAGGUCAACUUACAAGAGAAGGGCACCUGCAACUGGAUGACUGAGUCGAUGUACUGGCCUGACUGGCUUGAACGUGGCUCGUCCACGGCCAGUGCCUGCCAGCGCUUUCUGUGGAUUCACGGAAUGCCUGGAGCUGGAAAGACCAUCCUAGCGUCGUACUUGAUCGAGCAAGUCGCAAUGCAUUGCAAAAGGCACGGAUACUCGUACUACUACUGCUCGCAUGAGCGUCGCCAGGACGAGACGCAAGCAUUCCUUCGAUGGGCUAUUAGCGACCUGAGCAUACAGCUUGGCUCUUCUGUCCCACAGGAACUGGCCGAUCUCUAUGCGAGACGUGACACCUCCACCAAAGGCUUGCGAGAAUGUUUGCUGGCCGUGACGAAGAAGUUCAAGCGGCAAAGAGUUUACAUCAUCGUCGAUGCUGUUGACGAGAGCGAGUUUCCCCGCACAGACUUCCUCGACGUUCUGACCUACAUAGGUCUAGGGAUCAGGGCUCGACAGUAUGGCUCACCGAAAAGGCGCUUGCCAUCUGACCCCCCAAAUGGUGCGAGCCCUCAGAAGCGUCGUAUGGAACCCAACAGACAAAUGAGCCGAUUUCCGGUGAAGUAUCAAUUAGAAGCUAGUUGCGAAACGGCCUUGGGCCGGGAGAGCGCUGCGGAGCCACCAAAGUCGCUGGAAGGCGCGGAAACAUCUUCCUCGGGAGUGAAGCCCUGCACUGUUCUUUCCAUGUCGAACUCAUUUGUGCAGAAAGCUAUCCGCACUUUUGUCGAACAGAAAUUGGAGAACUCGGAGCUGUUCCGAAAUUGUUCGCGACCGGCGUUCGUGGAGAAGGUUGAGACGUUGUUAGCAGCAAAGGCCAACGGGAUGUUUCGAUGGGUGGCUUGCCAAUUCGACGUCCUCAACCGUCAGAAGUACUUUGAUGAGGAUGAGAUCUUGCAAGCCAUUCGAGACUUGCCCAUCAUAGUCUUCGAGACCUAUGAGCGGAUCAUCCUUGACGGCUUGUCAGACGGACAGAAAAAGAACGAGCACAACCGCACCUUCGCUCGCACUGCACUGGCUCUGAUCUGCAGCAACACAUCUGCAAUGCCGAGUGCGGAUGUCUUGGUGCAGGCAUCUCGGUUCAACGUUCCGCAUGGCACAGCCAACAACUACACGCGCCAGCGACUCAGAAACAUUCUCGGAUGUUUGGUGAAGGUGACCGCUCUCCGGAAGCCCCUCUUUUCCUGUUACAAACGGGAUGACGAGUCUGGAGAUCACAUGUUCCGGUUCUCUCCCGCCCACUACACAGUGAAAGAAUACCUCUUCAGUAAGGCGACCGCAGCCGGCCCUGCCCAUGAAUUCGCUUUGCCGGACCAUAAGACACAAGUUCUAGAAUUGCAAGUCGCAUUUAACGGCUUGCAACAGCAUGGAAAAGGUCGAAAUGCCUUUGGCCAAAGAAUCCUUACACGGUACGAGGAGUAUUGUAUCAGUGUGACGGACCAAGCUCUCGAAAAGCGCCCGAGUAUCAUUGUGGAGGAGAGCGUCAUCUGGGAAGCUGUUUUUCCGUGUCUCAAGUGGAACAGUGCACACCAAAGCGCCUUCACCAAUAAAACGACACGGAACUAUUUUGCCAACUGGGCGAAGCUUCAAGUGUUCGCUGCCGAUGACCAUGAACCUGAUGAGUACGAAACUUGUAUUCUUACUAAGACGGCCGUCUGGGCGGAUGAAUUCAUCAUUCGCGACUCCCCACAGACAGUCCUCCAAAUGUGCGUUUCCCGCCGCCACAAGGACUUCCUCGACCUCUUCAUCGAAGAAGGUGCCAGCUUCAUCGACGAGCCUAAUAUUCUCUUCGCCAUCUUGAAGCACCCGUACGGUAUAGGAGACUCCAGAGAAGGCGACGACGGUUCCACCACAGGCCAGUUCAUCAAGACUCUCCUGGCAAGCGGUGCCAACCCCAACCCACUGGGCUACAUGUACACGCCGUUGCAAGACGCAGUUUGCCGUGUUGAGAAAGGUUGGGUGCACGAUCUGAUUACGUACGGUGCGGAUCCCAAUGCUGUUGGCGACCCCAUGGGCCCGCAUCCCUAUGGACUGGAAAAUCCUGACGCCGAGGAAACGUGGUGGUACGGCGAGCAUCCUCUUGUGAUUUGUGCUCAGUUGGAGGUGUCAAGGGGAUCAGAGACGACCAAUAAGAGGGACCGCAUUGUCGCAAUACUCCUGUCAUCUGGUGCUGUUGAUCCUAAUGCGGAUGCCAAGGGAAAGGGGAAGGCGCCCAAGAAGCGGCCUGACGUGAUUGAGAUUGACGACUGAUGGACAGGGUUUGGGCGCCCGAGGAGAUGUGAUGUGAUGCAUUGGGAACGGAAAAUAGCCACUUGUUAGGAAUGAAUCCUGAAUAUUGGACUCGAGCAUUAGGCUUGAGCAAGACCAACGUGCAUCAAGCCUUGAU